AUGCCCUCCUCCUGCAAAGACAUCCGCGCCGCGCUCGCCCAAUGCCUCCAAAACUCCGACUGCAUCCUCCUCGACCGGCACACCCCCCUCGAAUGUCUCUCUUCCCCUUUACUCGAGACGCUCCCGACGCAGUGCCAACAGCUGAAGAUCGGCUUCCGCGAGUGUCGGCGCGGGCUGGUGGACAUGCGCAAGCGGUUUCGCGGGAAUGCGCCCAUCUCGACGAGUCUGGAGCUUGAGGGAGGCGGUGGCGGUGGUGGGGACGACAAGGUCAAGGGCGGACAACUGUACGGUGGGAGGCCCGCGUUCGAUGUCCGGGAGAGUAUGGCCAAGGGAGCGAGGGGGGAGGUGCACGGCUUGGGGUUUGACGAGAGCAAGACGAGGGGACUAUGA